CUUGCCGACAGCGCAGUCCCCGCCACGCCACGGACCGCAAUUGGCUGCACCCUCUGCUAACGGUGCAGAUCGCAUUGCAAAUGCACGAGAGUUUGUAAUGGAAUCAUGACUGUCCCCGGGAAUAACACGCUUUUCCGCUUGCGCGUCGUACAACACCAGUCUUUAAAAGUAGAUGCCUUGGCCCGCCUUGCACUUUUCCUGGGGUAGUGCACGACUUGUGUGGCCGAGAAAAAGAUGGCAUACACUGGCGCGGAGGACCGCGAUGCGGAGAAGUACGCAACGGGUGCUGGGAACGUCAUUGAUGAGGAUGCAGAGCGCGGGUUAAGAGCUUGGCCCAGCACGCGCGACGACGAGAUACACGAGGCCGUAGAGGCGCAAGAGGAGCAUGUUGAACCGCGGGAGAAAGCACCGGAGCAUUCAAGUGGUAUCGCGAAGGUAUUUUCACGGAGAUCGGCAGCGUCGAGUUGGAGAGAUCCUGGGCCUGCGCCAGACGGUGGCACGACAGCUUGGAUCCAAGUCUUCUGCACGCACAUCACGAUCUUCAACACAUUUGGAUUCUUCACGUCUUUCGGUGUCUUCCAGACGUACUAUCAGACGACGUUGGGCAUCGCGCCAUCCACAAUCUCCUGGAUCGGCUCCUUGCAAGUUUUCCUCCUCUUCGCCAUCGGAACCUUCACCGGAAGAGCCACAGAUGCGGGUUACUUCCGCCACUCGUACAUCGCAGGUGCUGUGUUCCAAAUCGUGGGCGUCUUCACCAUGGCUGAAAGCACGAAGCUUUGGCACCUCUUCCUCUCGCAAGCCAUAUGUCUCGGCAUCUCCAACGGCUUGCAAUUCUGCCCAGCCAUGGCCCUAGUUUCAACCUACUUCGUCAAGCGCCGGGCUUUCGCAAUGGGCAUAACAGCACUAGGAUCCUGCACAGGAGGCGUCAUCAUGCCCGUCAUCGUCCAGCAGUGUCUCCCUCGGCUCGGCUUCCCCUGGACAAUCCGCAUCAUCGGCUUCAUCAUGGCAGCCCUCAACAUUGUCGCCAUCGCGCUCUUCCGCACACGCCUUCCACCCCGCAAGGGCGGCGAAAUCGUCGACUGGGCCUCCUUCCGGGACCUCCCCUACUCGCUCUUCUGCGCCGCCAUGUUCUUCAACUUCUGGGGGCUAUACUUCGCCUUCUUCUACGUCGGCGCCUACGGCCGCAACGUCCUUGGCAUGCCGUACGAGUCGUCGAUCAAUUUGCUGCUCGUCACCGUCUGCAUGGGCUUCAUCUUCCGCCUGCUGCCUACCUACUACGCCGACAAGAUCGGCUCGCUCAACGUGCUCAUCCCGUUCUCGUUCCUCUGCAGCAUCAUGAUGUACUCGUGGAUAGGGAUCCACACCAUCGGCGGCCUGUACGCGUUUGCCGCGGUGUACGGCUCCGGCUCUGCAGUCAUCCAGGCGCUGUGGCCUGCCAUCAUCGGCAAGUGCAGUAAAGUGCAGGAUUUGAAGAAGGCGGGCGUGAGAAUGGGUAUGGCGUUUACAAUCGUGAGCUUCGCAAGCUUGACCGGACCGCCGCUUGCCGGCGCCCUGAUUCAGACUGCGGGCGGAACUUAUACUUACGCCAAUAUUUGGGCGGGGACGAGUUUCUUGGUGGGAGGGGUGUUGUUGCUCGCGACGAGGUGGGCGCUUGUAGGUAUGGACUGGAAGGCUAAUAUUUAAUGGUCUACAUGUAAAGUAUUGACCAAAAUAUGUUGCAAUCAAACCCGUGCUCAGCCUCCACCAAGUC